GUCAUUAGCUAACGUCAUUUUUGCCAUGUCGUAUGAUAAAAUUACAAAAGAAUGAGACGGCAAAAGGUAGAAGAGAGGCAUUCAAGCACUAAUCUCCUCCGCCAUUUCCUUUUUCCCUCCUUUUCUUUCUUCCUCCUUUCUCUGCCUUACUUUUCCGUCCUUUCCCAUUUAUUCUGACCCGAAAAGCUUCCAACUUCCCUCUCUUUCUCUCACACUUCCUUUCUUCCUUCCGUCUUCUUCACCCAACACAAAAAAAGGUUUGGAAAACCCUCUCAAGACUUUGGCUUUUUCGAUUUCUAGCCACAAACAACCCAAUUUCCCUUUUCCUAUCGAAUAGUCGGGGGAGGAAAAACCGAGCGUGUGUUCAAAGGGAGAGGGGGAAAGGGCUAAUGCGGCUUCCUCUGUUAACGGAGCUCGCCGCCUGUUCUCGUUGAUGGUGGUGGUCUUGAUUUUGUAGCCCCGCCGGCCCGCCUAUUGUUGACUAUUGAAAUCUUUCUCCACCCACAUUUCCUCUUUCUAGAAUCGUUGUCUUCUUUCCUUCUUAUUGGGAUUUCUAAUUCACCCCGUCUUCCGCAAUCAUUCAAUUCACGGGGGUUCUCUCUCUCUCUCUCUGUCUUUUAGAGAGGGCAGAUCCCGAGAUCUCUGUCUCUCUUUCCUCUUCUUCAUCCGUCAAUCUUCUUCAAUCCCAUAUCUCGUCGUUUUCCGCCAUAGCUCGCGAAGCUUUUUCUUCAGCUUCUGUUCAACCGUCUAUUUCAAGCGAUACCCAAUUUCAGACGGCUUUUCUCCUUUCCAGAUUCAGGGUUUUUGGUUCGUCAUUUUUUAUUUCUCUUUCAGAUCAUCUCCCUGUGUGUUUUUUUUUUCUUCAGAGGAGCUUCAUUUUUUAGUUAUUAUUAUUGAGGAAAUCCCUGACAAUCAUCCUCAAUCCAUUUGUCAAAUUCCAUUCCAUCCGGCUUUCCUUGUGUUUUCCGUUUCCGAUUAUUCAAUAGAAUUCUUUAUCGAGAAUCUCAAACCAGGGGGGGGGGGGGGUUUCAAAAGGAGACUGUUCCAGCUCAUCUAUGGAAGGAUGUUUCCUCUCAUCAUAUCUUAACCCCAUUCCCCAAAAUCCACUUCAUCAGGGCUCUCCAUAACCAAAAGUCGCAGACUUUUUCAUCCUUUUCAGCUCUGGUUUCUGGAUUGAAGCUGAAUUCUCUUUUAGGGGGGAUUCAAUUGAGAUGGGUUGUGUCAGUUCGAAGCAGCAUAACAAGCGAUGCAAGCACUGCCAAGCUCCGUAUUCCCCAGUGCCCAGAAGCUAUUCGAUGCACGUUAUCCACCCACCGCAACACAAAUCCGACAGCUACCAUCUAGUAGCCCUAACUUCCUCUACCCUCGGCUCUCUCAAGCUCGAGACGGUGAACGACGGAGUCCAGGUCGAUUCUCCCAAGCCCACCACCGCAGCCACCAGCGUCAGCAAUGAAGAUUGGUUGCUACCGGAGAUGAUGAAGAGCAAAGAAGAGUUCGCAAUGGGGUUAAUCGAAGCCAAGACCUGGUCCAAAAUGAUCGAGGAGAAGAUCCCACGAGUACCCAAUCAUCAUCCCAAAACCCCAAUCAUGACUCCACCGGGAGAGCCAGAGACGAUCAACACCUGGGAGUUAAUGGAAGGCCUGGAAGAAGAUCGUUUCACCAGCCCUUGUAGAUUACCCAACCACAUUCGAAGCUUCUCGUUCGAUGUCACCCGCGAAGCCACAGAUAUCGUCGUCGAUAGCCCCAAACUCAGCUUCAACCAUCAGAUAAACGCCACUCAUUUCAAAGUCGGAUCAAUCGAUGAAACAGAAGCAGAAGCAGAAGAGGAAGAAGCAAUUGAUAAGAAGCCGCAUUUGGGAAAAGGUGGGAAGGACUACUUCGAUUCGAACAUCAUCUCGAUGUUCAGGAAGUCGAUGCAGGAGCUCUCCCCAAGCCACCCUUACCAUUUGAAGAAGCCGGCGAAAGAGAAAGACAGAGUGAUCGUCUACUUCACGAGCCUGCGCGGCGUGAGGAAGACUUACGAGGACAGUUGCUACGUGAGGGUGAUCCUGAAGGGAGCAGGCGUUAGAGUGGACGAACGAGAUGUAUCGAUGCAUUCAGGGUUCAAGGAAGAGCUGAAGCAGCUGUUGGGAGGGUGUGGUGGAGGGUUUAGUUUGCCAAGGGUGUUUAUAGGGAAGAAGUACAUUGGCGGGGCAGAGGAAGUACGGCGGUUGCACGAGGAAGGGCAGCUCGAGAAGGCGGUGGAAGGGUGCGAGCAGGCCGAGUCAGAGGAUGGUGGUGGUGGUGGGAGUUGUGAGGCUUGCGGGGAUAUAAGGUUUGUGCCUUGUGAAACUUGUAAUGGGAGUUGUAAGAUAUACAAUGAAGAGGAGGAAGAAGAAGAUGAAGAACUAGAGGAUGAAGAAGAAGGGUUGGAAGGAGAAGAGGGGAUUAAUGGUGGUGAUUAUGGGUUUCAGAGGUGUCCUGAUUGCAAUGAGAAUGGACUAAUUCGAUGCCCAAUCUGCUGCUAUUGAAGUUCAUCAGCUCAGUUGUCACUUGUUGAUGAUGCAGUUUCAGGUUGGGUUGGUUCUAAUCUGUGAUUUGGUUUGUGGGUUUGGGUUCGGUUUUUGUACAGAGAUCAAAUGGGUUGGUCUUAAUUUUUUGGGGUUUAUAUAUGUUUUUUGAUGAAUGAAAGUAAUGUAAUACUUACUUACAGGUAUAGUGGGGAUAAAUAACAUAUAUGAUUUUUCCAAUUGAUUGUUGUGAGUUGUGACAUUGCAAUGGUGUAUCCAAUGCCAUCAUUAAGUUGAUGAAUGGGCUGGCAUUUUGGGGUUUCACUUAAUCACUUUCCGCUAAGUGUCAUCAUUUGGGGCUGAAACUUCAAAGUGGCUGCUAGAAAAAGGAAAUGGGGUGGUGCUUUAUUUAGAAGCCAUUGAGCUCUUCUCUAAUGAUAGUUGUUUGAAUUUUCAAAUGUUUUGGUACUUUAGAGUGAAAAGCUGUCUUGAAAAGUUGUAGACCUCAACUAUAUGGAUAUUUGGGUAUGUUUUAAUGAUGGAAUUUUAGAUACGAGAUCAUUUGAUCUAGUUGCUUUGAAAUUGUCUUAUUUCAUAAUUGAUAUACUAUAUUAAAAUAUUUGUCAUUCUCUUUAUCAAUUCAAGUUGAUGCAAAACAAAAUAUUUUAAAUUGCAUCAGCUCAAUUGUUGUAUCACUAUUCUGUUUCUGUGUUGCCAAACUAGAAAGGACUCAACGUGCCUCACCCAAACGACAAUUUGUGGCUGGUUUGAUUUGAUUGUAAUACUCUAGGGUUUGUACAUUUCAUAUGAUUCUAUGUGGUUGUGGUGAAGGCUUGUUGUUAUAAACGUGCUGCUAUGGAUCAGCAAGAAUGUGAAAGCGAGAAUUGAAAACACAGAUACACGAUUUACGUGGUUCACUAACAAAAUGUGUGUUAGCUAGUCCACAGGCGAGAGAGAGUUUCACUAUAUCGAGAAAACGGUUACAGACCAGGCCCAGAACCCGAACCCAAAUAACAUUGAGCCCAUACACCGCGGGCGGGGGGCGUUGCCCUUGGACCCCACUCGCUGACCCCGACUACCAGUCGUAGCGACUGAUAGUUCGAUUCCCAAAUAACAUUGAGCCCAUACACCGCGGGCCGGGGGCGUUGCCCCCGGACCCCACUCGCUGACCCCGACUACCAGUCAUAGCGACUGAUAGUUCGAUUCAAGUCACAUCAACACUUGUUUUGGUAUGUAAGACUCCCUUUGAUGUCUUUCAUUCAACCCUUCAAAUCAAAGUUAAAGUUUGCGAGUUGAAUGAGUUUUUCACUAUUAUACAAACUCCUACCUUUUAAGCGACAAGAUCAAUAUUCUUAUCUAAUUAUAGAAUCUCCAAUGUAAGUAUUUAUAUUAUAUAUCUCUAUUUCUUUUAGAAUAAAGUUUAUUUUCAUUCUACACAUAUGACUCACACUAGCACAUUGUUUAAUUACAUAUAGUACUUCAUUAUUAUUAUUAUUUUUAACUUCGGAGUUCUGAUGAGUACUUCGUUAUUUCUAAGAAGACCACGCUAAAAUUAAUUUGAUAAAAAAUAAUUAUUGACAGAUUGCUCUUCAAACUACAUCCACCAACAAAAUUGUUAGAAAUGCAAAGUAUUUUAGAAGUAAAUUGCUGGGGAAAAGAUGGUUGAUGGUAAUAAUGGUGGGCUGUCACAGCACUAACUCCUAAUUCCUACCAAUUCUAUUACUGUCUCCUGAGUCCCUGAGCCCUGACUACUGAGACAGGCAACCCGCAAAAUGAAACCCAUAUUUUAUUUUGAAUUUAGUAGUUUUUAAUUUUUAUGGAACACUGGUCUCCCCCUGCUACACAAGCUAAUCUGCAGAAUCCUGAUAUUGAUAUUAAUUAAUUAAUUAUAUGUGGAUUAAGUUGCUAAUAAUGUUGCUUAAUAAAUAAUAUAAUCACGUGUAAAAUUAUGCACAGUACUAUUAUCGUCCUAUUCUGGUAUUUAUAAAAAAAAGCACCUGGCAUUGCUUUUCCAAUGCUCAGUUGUUUUGUUUUUUCCCUUAAAUUAUUGAGUUAUCAGUUGCGAAGAUUUCCAGGGUAGGAUAUUCAGUGCUUUAGUCAAUAAACUAACAUACAACGAAUUCUUUCCGUUCUUUCAGGAAAUCUUUCAUUCGCCUUAGCAUUUGGCUGUAAUCAUAAUGGUUUCUCAUACAGGGUAUUUGUGGGGAAGUAUUCUCUUCUUUCUCUCUAUCCGAAUCAGUAUCGUGUCUUUUUGCUUCUUGGAGCUUUCAUAGAGUUGCCCACCUAAUGGCAAAAAAAAAAAAGGCUCUUUUAUCGGGAGUUCAGUUGUAUAUGGACUAUCAUUCUUUAUUAUUGUCUAUCUUUUAUAUUUGUUGUCCGGCCAUGCCCUUGGACUUAUGUUGGUUUAAAAAAAAGGUCAAAACAAUGUGAUUAGUGAAUAAAUUAUGCAAUUAAUUACUUUGGAAAAUCGUCAGGAAAUGGAAAUGGAGAUAUUUGCUUAUUAUUAUUAAUUAAUUAAUUAAAAUUUAUGAGUUUUUAAUUUCCUAUAAGAAAAUUGAGAAUAUUGUUUAAGCAGCACUAACAGCGAGGCAAAUAAAGCAUUCCCUGAAUUUCUCCCGAAAAUCGGCCACUAAAUGCAAGCAGUGGCAGAAGGUUAGGUUAGUUAUGUUUGUGUAGGGAAUAAUUAGAAUGUGUUUUAUUAUUAAUUAAUGGAUCAAACAUGCUAGGCGUGAAGGCAAGUUGUAGAUUUGGUGGAAGUCUUUUAAACCCUAAAUAGGGGGAAGAGGUGACAAAUGGUCAAUCCUUCCUCCUCCUUUGAUUUUUAUAAUUUCUUGACUUAUGUCCUAAUCUUCUUCAUUUUUCAUUUGUUUUUUUUUUUCUCUAGAGGAGAACACCAUGUAUUUAAGUAAACAAAAAUUAUAAGUGAUAGAGUGAUCCUAAAUCAAAGUCAGAUUUCAAUAUGAUUGUCGACUCACUAUGAUGACCGAUAAUUCUGAGAUUACAAAAUGGUUGGGUAUGUUCUUCGUAAUGCAAUAACGAGAUUUGAGCGAAAUGCCUCCACCCAAAUACGGAGUGAAAAGUGUUAACAAAUCUUUUAUCACUUA